CCCCGCAGCCCCAAAGCUGGACAUAAAAGCAAGCCCCAGCCCCGGCCGGGCAGUGUCUGCCCCACGGACCCCACAGCCAGGGCAGAAGCGCCACUGGGCUCCACUGCAGCCAUGGGGCCAAGUCCCACUCCCAUCCUCAUCCUCGCUCUGCUGCUGCUAGGGUCCAUGGUGAAUGGGCAGCCCCGGGGACGGAUCCUGGGGGGCUACGAGGCCAAGCCCCACCUGAGGCCGUACAUGGCCUCGCUGCAGCUGGAUGGGCAGCAUGUCUGCGGGGGCUUCCUCAUCGCCGAGCAGUGGGUGCUGAGCGCUGCGCACUGCACUGAGGAGACGGACGGCAAAGUCUUCCAGGUCCUCCUGGGCGCCCACUCGCUCACAGAGCCGGAGCCCCACAAACGCCUGUACCGGGUGCGCGCCCAGAUCCCCCACCCCGGCAGCAACAUCCACAACAACAAGGACGACCUCCUCCUCCUCCAGCUGGAGGAGAAAGCGGAGCUGAACACGCACGUGCAGGUGCUGCCGUUCCAGCGGGAGGACAGGGACGUGGCGGCCGACACGGUGUGCGAGGUGGCGGGCUGGGGCACCAUCAACCACAGCGGCCGCCGGCCGGACAAGCUCUACCAGGUGGAGCGGCCGGUGAUCAGCCGCGACGUCUGCAACCACCGCACCCGCCACGACCACACCAUCACCGAGAAGAUGAUGUGCACCGACUCCCGCAGGAAGGACACCUGCAAGGGAGACUCCGGCGGCCCCCUGGUCUGCAACGGGGUGGCCGAGGGGGUGGUCACGGCCGGCUCCCGCGUCUGCGGCAACUACAAGAAACCCGCCAUCUACACCCGCAUCGCCCCGUACGCGGCCUGGAUCGACAGCGUCAUGGCCUCUGCGGCUGGGGAGGGAGACACUCGCUGAGCCGUCCCCAGGGACCCGGCUUCACGCCACGGCUUGCUGCUGCCGGCACGGCCAGAGCACCCACGCUGCUGCUUGGGGAAAGCUGCACCGAAGAGCGCCGGGGGGCUCCCACCGCUGCCCUGACCUGCUCCCGGAGCAUCCCCCCACGCCAGGAGGAAGGCUGGGCUAGGGGACCGGCGAGAAAC